AUGGCCCCCAAAGCCAGAGUGGCCAAGCCAAAGAUUCCCAAGGGCACCCGAGAUUUCAAGCCUGACCAAAUGACGAUAAAGCAGGAAGCUUUCGAAAAGAUCACCGCCGUGUUCAAGCGCCACGGCGCUGUGUCCAUCGACACCCCCGUUUUCGAGCUCAGGGAGACCUUGACUGGAAAGUAUGGAGAGGACUCCAAGCUGAUCUAUGAUCUGGCUGAUCAGGGGGGUGAACUGCUGUCCCUCAGGUACGACCUCACCGUGCCCUUUGCGCGCUACGUGGCGCUGAACGGCAUCACCAACAUCAAGCGCUACCACAUUGCCAAGGUCUACCGCCGCGACAACCCCGCCAUGAACCGGGGUCGCUUCAGGGAGUUCAACCAGUGUGACUUCGACAUCGCCGGCGUCUACCCCUCCAUGGUGCCGGACGCGGAGGUGCUCAAGGUGCUGACAGAGAUCCUGGAUGACCUCGACCUGGGCCAGUACGAGGUGAAGCUGAACCACCGGGGACUGCUGGAUGCCAUGCUGGACAUCGCGGGGGUGCCCCCCGAGAAGUUCAGGCCCAUCUGCUCUGCCAUCGACAAGCUGGACAAGGAGCCAUGGGACUUUGUGCGGCGGGAGAUGGUGGUGGACAAGGGCCUGGAGGAGGGCGUGGCCGAUGCCAUCAGGCCCUUUGUCGAGCUGAGGGGCCAGCCCCAGGCACUGCUCGCCAAGCUGCUGGACAAGGGCCACGCGUUUGCCGGCCACGCGGGCGCCCGCGCCGCGCUGGAGGAGCUGCGCACGCUGUUUGGGUACCUGGAGGGCAUGGGCGCGCUCGCCAACAUCGUCUUCGACCUGUCCCUGGCGCGGGGCCUGGACUACUACACUGGCGUCAUCUACGAGGCGGUGCUGAAGGGGGCUUCAGUCGGCAGCGUGGCGGCGGGGGGCAGGUUUGACACGCUGGUCGGCAUGUUCAGCGGUAAGGACGUGCCCGCGGUGGGCGUCUCCAUCGGCAUCGAGCGCAUCUACAACAUCAUGGAGGAGCAGGCACGAGCGCAAGCCAAGGAGGAGGGGUGCAGCAUACGAGAGACCGAGACGGAGGUGCUGGUGGCCUCCAUUGGCAAUGGCUACCAGGGGCGGAGAAUGGGCAUCGCCUCGCGGUUGUGGGCCCGGGGCAUCAAGGCUGAGUUCGGCUUCAAGGCCAACCCCAAGAUGAGCGACUCGUUAGGUUAUGCUCUGAAGCAGGGGAUCGACCUGCUGGUCGUUUUUGGAGAGAAUGAGCUGGAGAAUGUGCGCCUGGCAGUGUGUUCUCUGGGCGUUUUCAAGAUCAAAAACCUGGUGGCCCAGACGGAGGUGACGGUGUCCUCGCAAGGAUUAGAGGAGGAGGUGCUGAAGAGCUUGGCGGCAUUGCCAAAGCGACGGGCCAUCUUCACGUACAACUCCGUCAACAAGGCGACCGCGGACGUGGAGAGCAAGCUGAAGGUGAAUGCCUGA